UUCACUAAGCACCUGCAUUAUAUGCCACAUCAGUGGAGAGACUGAAACCUUUCCUUAUAUAGUUUUGCUUCUCCUAGUACUUAAUUGUUGCUGUUGUUGUUGAUGAUGAUGAUGUUAAACCCUUGAAAACAGCAACUUCAACAAAAGAAUUAAAUCCCCAUCUCAACUACAUUGGAAUCUGCUUUCUUGAGUUAUUAUUUUUACACCACGAGUUCAAGGAAAUCUUGAACUUUUAUAAGGUUUCAAGAUUCAAUCUUGUUUCAAGGUUCAAUUCAGACCAAUGGUGUAAUAUUGCUGUUCUUGUGAUUUUUAAUAUUGCUGUAAGAGGUAAGAUUCUUGGCACCAGUGUAUGUUUUUUGGUUUCUUACCAGUUCUGUAAUUGGUCAAGUGCCCAGUUUUGCAUUUCUGAGUUAGAUGUAACAGCUUCCAGAAUUUGUUCAAGAUACUGUUUUUUAAGUCUUCAACUGUAACUGUCAACUGAGAAAAAGUGAAAAAAAAGAAAGGGAGGUAACUGAAUCUGAUGUCAAUGUGUCUGUAGAGGGUGAGACUUGAAAUGGUUGUAUUGGUUUUGUUUGCUAGUGCAUUUUCUUAGAAUAAAUAAUCCAUGCUUAGUGUUUUAAGGGUUUGCUUCCUUUUUCCCCUUUCCUCCCUUAUUUUUCCUGUUAAUAGAUGUUGCUUUUGACUGUUCUUUAUAAAUUUGGUAAAGGGUUCGUGGUUUCUUGCCGAAAUUUUAGGUUUACUUGAACAAAAGAAGAUGGUUUUUGAUGAGUUUUGGUAAAGUGAUUGAUUUCACACAUCUUCAAUGGCAAAGAAGAGGUGCUGGUUUGGUUGGGUGAGGAGGCUAUUUGUCUCUGAGCAAAAAACAAAAGCAGAAAAGAAGUCAAAGAGGUGGAAAUGGGUUCUUGGAGGGCUUAAGGUUAAACAAUGCCCUGCACUUCCAGCACCAGAGAGAUCAGUCAGUGAAGCAACAGAAACGCAGAAGAAGUAUGCUUUGACUGUUGCCCUUGCAACAGCUGCUGCAGCUGAGGCUGCUGUUGCUGCAGCUCAUGCUGCAGCUGAGGUUGUCCGGCUCACAGGUGCUUCACAGUCUUCCCAUCAUUUCACCAAGGGAGUUGAAACUUUGGCUGCCAUUAAGAUACAAAGCGCUUUCCGUGCAUACCUUGCAAGGAAAGCUUUGCGAGCACUGAAGGGAUUGGUAAAGCUUCAAGCCAUUGUUCGUGGACGAGCUGUGAGACGCCAAGCAGUCAUCAAAUUGAAGCAUCUGCCAUCAAAAGCAAAGAUGCUGUCAGAGGUCCAGUCAAAAGAUAUUGCCACUGCAGAUGGAUUUUGUAGAAACAGUGACAAUAAACAGGUUGUCAAGUCAAAGAAAGAGGUGCGAGAGAAGGAAAAUAAGGGGAAGAACCAUAAAAAAGAUGCUCAACCAGAACACAUGCUUGAAUUCAACAGCCAAAGAAGUUGGGAUUAUAGUAUGCUUUCAAAGGAAGAUGUGGAAGCUCUGUGGUUAAAAAAGCAAGAAGCUAACAUCAAAAGAGAGCGAAUGAUGAAAUACUCAUUCUCCCACCGGGAGAGAGGGAAUAGUCUACUGGAAGAAUUGCUACUCGCCAAGGAAAGUGGUAGACAGAGUCAUCAGAUGGAACGAUGGUCAAACAAAGAGGCCUUUAAUAGAGAAAAGAUGGAGAAUUUGAAAUCAACGUCCAUCUCUAAUCUGUUUACUGGUGAUGUAUUCAGCCCAGCACAAGUUAAGACCAGAAGUACUCAAAAACAAGAUUUCAUAGAAGGAUUGAACACACCAAUGUCUGUCCCUAGAAGAUCAUUUGGCCGAGCACAACCAAUUUUGGCAGGAGAUGGUAAUUCGUUGCCAAAUUCUCCAGUUUUUCCAACUUACAUGGCUGCAACACAAUCUGCAAAGUUAAAGGCAAGGUCGAUGAGCACACCAAAGCAACGUGUAGGAUUUCAAGAUUCUUGCUUUGACCAGAACUUGCCAUAUAAGAAUGCACUCUCUCUUUGGUCUACGUAUAAUGGUGAUCCGUUUGGCAUUAGGAGAAAGAGCACUGGUGCUUCCCAGAAUCUCUCUUUAAGCAUAAACGGACAUUACUGAGAUGUCAGCAUUUAAUUUUCAGCAUAAAUUGGUAAUUCAAACGCAAGAGGUAAAUAACAAAGGAUUUUCAACUAAAAUGUUUCUUACUCAGUCACUCAGCGGUUCUAACAAGACACUGAAGCAACUCCAAGAUCAGGUCACUCAAGGCCUUCAAAGAAAAACUCUUACAAGGAAUUUAUAAUGACCCUUCCAUAUCUGAUUGAAGAGCGUUUGAGAGGAUAACUUGCAAAUCUCAUUGCUGCGCUGGUAGAACUCUUUUCAAUCUUUGAAGUCCGUAGCUAAUAACUUUAUUCUUUUUCUUAUCUGUAUUUCCUUUUUUUCUUUUUGGGUGGAAUCAAGUGUGUAUCUUCUCAUUCAGUCACCAAGUUGUCAUGGGAAAAAGAGUCGGUGAAUCCUCAAUGUAAAAUUUGGCCUGUGUUAAGCUUGUAAUGAAACUCUUUGAGUAUGUCUGAUAAUUCAGCAUUACAACUGAACAUGUCAGUGUUCAGUUUCUUCA